GAUGCCACCAUUGCUGGAGAUAGCCGCAAACAAAAAAGAACAACAAAGCACAAAAAACAUAAAAACACAAGAAACAGCGUUUUUACACGCCUUUGAUUAACCGAUAAGCGACGGCUAAGAAAAGCCAUAGGAACCAGCGAUAAGAUCCAGAUAAGAUUGGAUCGGAAUUGGAAGCAGAAUCGCCACGACUCACCAUCUCCAGGAAUUCCAUUCACUGGCACAUCAAGACUCGAAAGUAGCACUCAAAUCCCGGAAUACAGCUCCAUAAUGCCCGAAUACGUACCGGCUCGGGGCUUCAAGGAGAUGGAGAACCUCCUCAAGCUCUAUGACACCAAGCGCUGCCCCAUCUACAUCUACUUCUACGGCGAGAAGGACAAGCAGGGCCGCAGCUGGUGUCCGGACUGCGUGGCGGCCGAGGAGACGAUAAUGACCGCCUUUCGCUCGAACGCCCCCGAAGACUGCAUUAUCCUGGUGGUGGACGUGGGCAACCGGGAGUUCUGGAUGGGCAAGGAGAACGCGUUCCGCAAUCCGCCCUACUCGGUGGACGGGAUUCCGGCCCUGCUGCACUGGAAGGGCCCGGAGCGUCUGGACGGCGAUCAGCUGCUGAAGAAGAGUCUGCUGGAGCUCUUCUUCGAGGAGACGGACACCACGCGCAAGAGCAAUGUAGUCACUAAAUAAAAUGCGAUUUGAGCUGAAA